AUGAAGACCCUUGUCCUCCUCUCUGCCCUUGUCCUGCUGGCCUUGCAGGUGCAGGCUGAUCCUAUCCAAGAAGCAGAUGAAGAGACUAAAACUGACGAACAACCAGGGGAAGAGGACCAGGAUGUGUCUGUCACCUUUGAAGUCCCAGAAGUCUCUGCUCUUCGAAGACACGUGUUUUGCACCUGUAGACAAAAAUUCUGCAGAAGGAGAGAAAGGGUUAAUGGGACCUGCAGAAUAAAUUUCAUGACCUACAAAUUAUGCUGCAGCAGAGCACGGAGACCACUGAGACCACAAAGACCACUGAGACCACAAAGACCACUGAGACCACAAAGACCACUGAGACCACAAAGACCACUGAGACCACAAAGACCACUAAGACCACUGAGACCACAAAGACAAGACAACAAUGAGCCCUGA